CACACACACACACACGUAUUACAGGAUAUCCUGUGUCAAUCACACCACACACAAGAUGAUUGCGGUCGGAAAAGUUCCACUUUUUCGACACAAUCAGACUGCCGUUUCCUCUGUAUUCAAUCAUCCCUUCCUUUACAAUUAUGUUUUUCUCUCACGUGUGCCCUCAUUUGUAUCUUUCAGGACAAGGCGAACAAGAGACGCAUGCUGAUGGCCAUGGAUAGAAGAAAGAAGUUGCUGAAGAACCUGCGGCUGGAGCGCUACGAUGCCUUCGAGAAGGUGUGCGAGCAGCUGGGCAUCACCUAUACCUUCCCGCCUGAGUACUACAGGAGGGCAACACGACGCUGGCUGGCCAAGAAGGCCUUCUGCAUCAAGGUCUUCAAGGAGGUGCAGAAGCAGAAAGCAGAGCAGAAACUGAAAUUAGCGGCUAAAAUGGAAACUGCCAGCCAGUAGAUGCCAUCAUUCGCUGGUAAAAGACAGCAUUUUUGGUGUGUUUUUUCUCCAUGUCACCGGUCUAUAUAAUGCAGAGGCCAGUUGCGGCCCGUUAUUCAUUUUAAAUAGCCUUUCAGUAAUAUUGCACCUCUGUGUAAAAGGCACGGGCAGAUCAAUGCUGAAUCCACUGUAAUGACUAUGAUAUGGCAAUUAUUCAGGAUUUCUGUGAGAGACUAAUGAGGCUUGAAACAUCAAUGCUAAAUGUACAUCCAUUUUGUAUACUAGUCAUUUCAUGAAAAUAAACACAGUAAUGAGGUUAAAAUACUUACGAGCCGACUUGUUUUGGGUAACUUCAGUUUAAAAGGAGACAUGCAUUUUUCCCAUAAUUUAAAACAUUUCCCAGGUGACGGGGAAUGUCACAGACAGGUUACUUUUGUCUAAUUACUUUGAGAA